AUGUCGCAAACCAUCGGGCUGACGAAGCUAGCGUACUCGCGCGCAUGGCACCACAUCUCCGCAGCGACGCCGCACCCGACGCUCUCGACGCAGCCGAACGUGACGCCGCCGUCGCUGGGGCGCCUGGCGUCGCGGAUCGCCGUGAUACUGAUGGGCAAGCACAAGCCGAUCUGGGACCCGUCGACGGACUGCGGGGACUACGUCGUCGUCACGAACUGCGCGGCGCUGCACGUCACGGGCCGCAAGAUGUGGCAGAAGACGUACUACCGCCACAACACUCGCCCGGGUUCGCUGCGCUCCGUCACCAUGGACGUGCUCAUGGCCAAGCACGGCGGCGCCGAGGUCCUGCGCCGCGCCGUAAGCGGCAUGCUGCCCAAGAACAGGCUUCGCCAGAAGCGCAUCGCCCGCCUCAAGGCCUUCGAGGGCGACGCUCAUCCGUAUAAGAAGAACCUUAUCCGCUUUGCGGGCGUGCCCGUGGGGAAGGAGGGCUGGGUCGAGGCCGUUAAGGAGAUUAGGCGGGCGGAUGUAGAGAGGUUAUAG